AUGUCGCUACUGACAGAGUACGAGGGGUGGAAGGAAUCGCCAGACGUCGAGUCGCUGCUGCCGUCCACGUCGCAGCCAUCGGAGUCGCAGCCGCCGACAUCCCAACCCUCUGUACCGUCCCUUACCACUCCGCCUUCAGCGACCGACUCCGCUCAACUGCCGUCCCCUCGCCGGCCACACCCACACCCGCCGGGCGCUGCCGCCAUUCCGUCCGCCUCUACACCGGCAACCGCAAGGCUGCCGCGAGGGGAGAGCGAUCGCGGGCCACGGUCGAAUGAAGGGGAGGCGGCGGAAGCGCAACGCCUUCCGCCGUCCGUCAGCACCGGCGGCAAAGCGAAGCAACGCAGCGGGCCCUUGAACCGGGUAACGUCCGCGCUGCGCCCCAUGUCCGCCAUGUACCCCCGGCGCAAGCCGCUAGGCGCGGGAGUGCGCUUCGACGACGAUCGCGACGUCCCCUCGCCGAGAGCCGACGGAAGCAACAGCUUACCGAGGGCGAGCGCCGCCGUCGACGCGCAGCCCGACGACGGGGGGGCGUUGACGGGCGGGCCGAAGCAGCCGGGGGAGGAAGGCGGAGUGCAAGGCGAGGGCGGUGUGGGGAAGGUGGGGUCGGGGCGGAGCAAGUGGCAGAUGGUGCGGCGGUCGCUGAAAGACAUCAAGGAAGUGGAGCGCGAACUCAAGGACAUGGCGGACACCGCGCGCGCAGGGGCGGCGGCGGACGACGAGGGCGCGAGUGAGGGCGCGGACGACGACGACCUGGAGCGGCUCGCCAAGGACCUCGAAGCGCUGCGCGCCGAGCGCAAGGCGCGGCAGCAGCAGCAGAAGCAGCAGCGCGCGACGAACCUGAUAGGCAACGCGGGCGGACCGCCGCAGUCGGCGGUGCACGUGGACAUGCCGGGCGGCGUGCGGCAGCGCAAGAUGGUGCGGCAGAGUGUGAUCAUGUGCAUGGACCCCAUGUGCAACCGCUGCCCGCCCGAGAUGCACCUCCACAUGCGCAAAAUGAUGGCCGCCGCCGCGCCCGGCGCCAGCGCGGCCGUGACGACGGUGGCGAAGGACUACUCGGCGAUGGACUGGAUGCUGGACGACGACGGGGACGAGGAUGGCGACGGCGAGGAGGAGCUGCUCGUCACACUGCGCUGCUGCGGCCUCCGAUUCACCUACCGAGGCAUUGCCACUGUCGGUGUCCGUGCUGCAUUGCCAUUGCCACCACCUUCCCAUCCCUCCCCACCCCUCCCCCUCACAUCCCUCCCAUCGGUCCCAUCCCUCCCCACCCCUCUGCGCCCCUGGCAGCGGCGGCGGCGCUUCCUGCUGCGGCGGUUCUUGGCGGAGCUGUGGCCGCCGCCGCUGCUGCACCCGCACAGCUACUACGUGAAGCUGUGGGUGAAGCUGCAGUUCGGCAUGAUGCUCGCCGCCUUCCUGCUCGACCCCUUCUUCCUCCUCGUCCUCUCCGUCUCCCAGGUACCCGCCCCUCCCUCACCCGGGUACGUGCCCCUCCAUCAGUCAGGUAGGUCCUUCUCCCUCAUCCACCUGCCUCUCUGUCAGUCAGGUGCCUCUCCAUCAGUCAGGUGCCUCUCUGCCAGUCAGGAGAACAUGUGUGUGUACACGAGGUGGACAUUCGCCUACUGUCUCGUCGGCAUUCGCACCUUCCUUGACUUCCUCACGCUCCUCAACAUACUAGUGCAUACUCGCAUGAUGUUCAACGCCACGCACGACCAUGUCAAGGAUGGCAACAUAAAGAACUCGAGUGGCGAGAAGGUGAAGCUGGGCGACCUGGUGGUGGACGGCCGCGCCAUCCUCAUCAACUACCUCCGAACGCUCUUCCUUGCCGACCUCCUCGCCCUCAUCCCCCUCCCCCAGAUAAUAACAGUGGCGGUGCUGCCGCUCUCGCCCGACAUCAACGUGUCGCAGACGUGGCAGGUGGCGGUGCGCAUCAGCGUGCUGCUGCAGUUUGUGCCGCGCCUCGCGCGCAUGUACCCCAUGCUGUCAGGCCAGGGCAGCCACUCCGUGCUCUUUGAGACCGCCUGGGCCUCCUUCCUGCUCAACCUGGUUGCCUUCUUCAUGGGCUCCAACGUGGUCGGCACGCUCUGGUACCUCCUCACCAUGCAGCGCACCGCCACCUGCCUCGUCAACUCCUGUCUGCCCGACUCCUCGCCGCCCUGCUACCAGUCCUUCCUCAGCUGCCCGGGGGACGGUACACAGGGGUACAGCGAGUGGCGGGCGAACAGUACGAGCAUGUACGACCAGUGUCUGAGCAGCAGCGGCAUCAGCAGCGACUUUUACGGCAUGUACACAACGGGUGUGCGCGUCGUGCAGCUCGGCUCCUUCUUCUCCACCUGGCUCUACUCCCUCAUGUGGGGCUUCCAGCAAAUCAGUACACUAGCAGGCAAUCUGGUGCCGACCACGGAGGUGGGCGAGGUGGUCUUCAUGCUGCUCAUCGUCGCGCUCGGGCUCUUCCUCUUCGCCUUCCUCAUCGGCAACAUGCAGAACUUCCUGCAGUCCCUCAGCCGCAGGUCGUUUGAGCACCGGCUGCACCUGAGGGACUUGGAGCAGUGGAUGUCGCAGCGAGACAUUCCCCGCGAGCUGCAGAGGCGGGUGCGGGACCUGGAGCGGUAUGUGUGGACGGUGAACCAGGGGGUCAACGAGGAGGAGGUCAUGACGUCACUCUCGGAGGACAUCCAGAGGGACGUGCGCCGCCACCUCUCCUACGAGCUCAUCACCCAGCACUGUGUGCUGCUGAAGGGCAUGCCAGAGCAGGUGCUGGACGCCAUCUGCGAGCGCCUGAAGCAGCGCCUCUACAUCGACGGCACGCUCGUGCUGCGCGAGGGCUCGCCCGUGUCGCGCAUGUUCUUCGUGCUGCGCGGCACGCUGCAGAGCUCCACGACCAACGGCGGGCGCACAGGGUUCUACGAGGAGGUGCUGCUGGGGAAGGGGCAGUUUGUGGGCGAGGAGCUGCUCGUCUACUUCAUUGAAAAGUACGCCGAGGUCUCCAAGAAACAAAGCUCCCGCCGCUCCCUCCGCCGCGAUGUGAAGGUGGGGUCGGCGGUGAUGCCGGAGAUGCUGCCCAAGUCGGAGCGCACCUUCUGCUGCAUCGGCCCCGUGGAGGGCUUCUCGCUGGAGGCGGUAGACAUUGACUUCGUGUGCACGCAGUUCUUCACCGUCAUGCAGUCCGACCAAGUGCAGCACGCCCUCAACGAGUGCUCGUUGAACCGGCGCAUGCGGGCAGCCACCACCAUCCAGGUGUGGUACCGCUCGGUGCUGCGGCGGCGCCUGAAGCUGCCCAUCGACGUCAUGCGGCAGGCCAUCCGCACCAAGCGCAUCGGCAACCUCCUGCGCUCCCUGCGCUCCCAGGCCUCCAAUGAGGCCGGCUCUGGCUUGCAUCCCCGUGGGGGGGACGGCUCCGUGGGAAAAGGCUCGGGCAGCGAGCACGGGUCGGCGGAGCAUGGGCCUGGCAGGGGCAAGCAGGCGAGCCCAGACAAAAGGAGUGGCAGUGGCAAGGGGGGGCGCGUGGUGUUUGAGCCCAAGGAUAAGGAGAAGGGAAGUGCGAAACGGGGCAAGGUGUAUCGUGCACUGAGGUCGCUGGGAGGGGGAGGCAGGACAUCAGAGAGCCAUGGCAGCGAGGAGGAAGAGGCGGAAGGAGGUGAGAAGAAAGAAGUCACAGCUGCAGAAGCAGGAGGUGACGAGAAAGGUGAGAAUCAAGUAACCGAGGAAAAUGUUGGAGGUGGUGAUGCAAACAGCGUACAGGAAGAAGGCCUUCCCAAGUGA